CAUUGACAAUAUUUCUCUGCAGAUGUGGUGUUGGCAGUCAUAACGAUACAUUUACUCUUUUGAUCUUACUUAUGUUAUUGUAAGAAUGUUUUUUAAGGGUUCGCUAUGGAAUGAAGCAGAAAAUUAUUAACUGGCAUUAACCCUUGCCCAAUAUUAUUAUGAGUGUGGAACCUCGAUCUCCAGUGGAGAGGGAUAUCAUAGAAAUGUCUCUAGAGAGCGUCAAGAAGGGAGGCAACCAGCACAUAGUCAGGAAGGAUGACGAUGAUGAAAAACUUGGCCUGCUCAAUAUUAGAGCAUUCUUCUUUCUGAUCCUGUGGUAUAUCUUUAGUGCCUUCACACUGUUUCUCAACAAGUAUAUUUUGACAACACUCAAAGGAGACCCUGCUGUCUUAGGAGCAAUGCAGAUGGUGAUGACUACGAUAUGCGGAUUCAUACAGUUAUACAUACCGAUGGGUUUCUAUAAGCCUGUCAAACGAGAUGGAAAGCCCCCAAAUUUUUGGAGAAAUAUGAUUUUAGUAGGCUCAAUGAGAUUCUCCACUGUGGUGCUUGGUCUGGUGGCUCUGAAGUAUGUAGCUGUGUCCUUCACAGAGACUGUCAAGAGUUCUGCCCCUUUGUUCACUGUUUUCAUCUCCCAAGUGCUGAUUGGGGAGUACACAGGUUUCUACACUUUCUUGUCACUCAUUCCAAUCAUGGGAGGACUGGCUCUUUGUUCAGCGUAUGAACUGAGUUUUAACAUACAGGGAUUCAUUGCAGCUCUUGCCACUAAUUUAACAGAAUGUAUGCAGAAUGUGUACUCCAAGAUAUUGAUUAGUGGAGACAAGUUUAAGUACACACCUGCAGAGCUUCAGUUCUACACAAGCAUAUCAUCAGUGUUGGUGCAGAUUCCUGCCUGUUUCUUUUUAAUAGACUUUGAUAAAGCUGAGGCAUCUAUGAGUGGAAUGAUGAUCUUAUCUCUUGUUUCCAAUGGAGUUUUCUUUCAUUUUCAAAGUAUAUCAGCAUAUGUCUUAAUGGGAUAUAUUUCACCAGUCACUCAUAGUGUGGCCAACACAGUCAAGCGGGCCUUUCUGAUCUGGAUCUCGGUGAUAUUAUUCGGCAAUCCGGUGACAUUCCUUAGUGGACUCGGAACUAUCAUAGUAACGGUCGGUGUUCUCUUGUACACUAAGGCCAAAGAAUACGACCAUAAUCGACGAGAACUUCGCGACCAUUACCCACGGGACUCAGAUCCAACUCAUAAAGAAGUCUAGGGCAAAGACAGAAAUGUUUUAGUGUUGUUAAUAUUGAUUGUUAGUUAUUUUCAUAUAGACAUAUAUACUGUGUUGUUCAAAACAACAAUUUCAUACCUUGAUAAAGUUAAGGGGAUUUGAUCUAUUUUGUUGAUUUAAUCAUGUUAAGAGAAUGAAAAGUGAUAUAAAUUUUCUAUCUGUUAUAAGUGCUUGUCAUACCAUUGCUUUUUGUGAGUUAAGUGUGAAAUGCUUUAUUUAUGUGAAAGUUUUGCUUGUUGCAAAAAUUUACUCUUUGGGAAAUUGUAACAUAGGUACAUUCUACAGAAUCAUUAAUGACAAUGACAAGUGAAAGAAAAGGAAAUGGGUACAGAUUUCCUUUACUCAAUUAAAUUAUUCAAAAAAAUUGCUUCUGAUUUUUAAAAUAAGGAGAAAAAAGACCAAGUUUCCCAUUGUUUGAGAAUGGAAAUUAUCAAUGUCUUUAUAUGCAAUCAAACAUAUUUAUUAUUAUAUAAUUAUUCGACUGAUGUAAAGGGUGGUCAAGUAUUUGUUAAAUGCUUGCAAAGUUUGAGCAGUAUUGGUAUUAAUUAUGAGUGAAAUCCGUUUGAUUUGCUAAUCAAUUAUUGUGUUACGUUUACUGCCAAUGUUGUUUGUAUACAUUAUGUACAUGUAUUUGCUUCUCUUGGCUCAACUGUAUAUAACAUAUUUAUUUAUACAUUGUAUAUGUCAACAGUACAAUAAACAAAAUAUACAUACACCUUAAAUUAAAUAACAUUAGCAAGUUUCAGUUUGGUGUUUGUAAGUUCAUGGAUAAUUUUCCUCCCCUAAAUGAUCUUCCUGUCUGUGAUUUUCUUGAAUGGGUCAAAUAUAUUCCAUGUAUUUGUAGUAUGCACUGUCUCAUUUUAAAGUUCAAUGUUUCUUUCAACAUUGGUAUGUUUUAUAGAUAAAUUUAUAAAUAUACCUAUGUCAUCUUCCAGUUGUUGUGCAAACUUUUCUAUUUUAUACAAAAAAUGUGUUUCCGAACAGGGCUAUUGAAAUAGGAAAAAUGUCUUGCACAGUAAUUUUUCUUUAUCAGAUGUACAACAUUUUAUCUGUAUUUAUCAAUUCAUACUGCCAAUACAGAUGGAAAAAAAGCCAAGUUGAAGUUAUAAGCAUAAUUAUUUUCUACAUAUAAGGAAAAAAGUUAAUGAUACUAUGAAUCUAAUCUUUCCAACAAAAUUGUGAGCAUUUAUUUCUAUUCUAAAUGAAAUCAGUCAUAACCACCUACAGAUUUGUAACCAAUAUUGUAAGGGGAAUUUCAGGUAAAUAUUUCAAAUGUUUUUGACAAUUUUACUUGACAUGGCAUUUAGAUUAAGAAAAUUAAUCUACUUGAGGGAUUGUAAACUUAACAUGGGAGGAGCUUUCUGUAUGCUGUGAUCUAGAUAGGGGGUUGCCAAAAAAGGCUAUGAAAUCCCUCCCCCUUUUAUUGAGACAAAUCUCCAUAAGAAACUUGCUGGGAAAACGACUGUUCACUCUCUCUCUGUCUCUGUCUCUGUCUCUCUCUCUCUAUCACUGACAUACUUUAGUAGUGAUGGUAAAUAUACUCAGCUUCUAUGGGCAUUGUUUGAUAUUUGUAGUAAUAUAAGCGUUCUAGUCCAUAUUUCACUGCACUUGUCAAGGGUAUUGUAAACACUUUAAUUGAACUUAAAACACCUGCAGUUCUAUAUGCUUACUUAUAUAUAAAGCCAUAUGCAGAUUUGUCAAAGAAUUAUAAAGCUGAAAGGGAUAAUGUAUAAAAUAUGUUCUAGCACUUAAAUGUAAUGUAAUCUUUCUGGCAUGUUAAAUUAAGGUUUUUUUUCAGCAUUUUAAGAACACCUAAUGGAGUGCCUUUGUCAUGUUCUAAGAACCACUUCACUUUGAUAUUAUGGUUUGAUAUAUCAGUCAACAUUUCUUGCAGUGGCCAAUCAUGUGGUUCUUACAUUGUAAUGAAUCUUGGGUCCAAUUUUAUGUUCUACUUAGGAAAGAUACUUACAAGUAAUAAAAUAAAAGAUGAGAAAAACUA